GACAGUGUUUCUAUGUAUUGAAAAAAAUGCCGAAAUGAAGAAAAUCAAUCAGCACAAAUUGCAGGCUUUUGCCGUGGGGGCCAUGGGGCAGAGGGGGCUGUCGCGGAAAGAACAGGAGGAACAGAAGAAGCGCGAAGAAGAACAAGCGGCGGCUCACGCAUUCCAGGAAUUUGUUGAGACGUUCCAGGAGGCACCCAGUACGCUGUCAAAGGUCUGGGUGAAGGCUGGAACCUACGAUGCUGGCUCUCGAAAGGAAGAUCACCGGGAACGUGGAAAACUUUAUAAGCCCAUGUCAAAGUUAACUGAGGAGAAGAGCUCAACGGAGAAAGCCUCAGAGUAUGCUAUGCAUUUAGCUGGAGAGUCGAAGAAUCAGGAGAAUCGUCUCAAGAAGAAGAAUCAAGAGAAGAAGAAGAGCAAUCUUGAACUGUUCAAGGAGGAACUCAGGCAGAUUCAGGAGGAACGUGAAGAGAGGCAUAAAUAUAAAAAUGUGGCCAGAUCGAUGUUGUCUCACUUGGAUUCGGACACUGGAACCAAGGAGAACGAUGUUGGUUCCUUUGACAAUGGCGAUCCUAAUACCACCAAUCUGUAUUUGGGGAAUCUGUCGCCUAAAAUUACGGAGCAGCAGCUGAUGGAACUUUUUGGGAAGUACGGACCACUGGCCAGUAUCAAAAUUAUGUGGCCGAGGAGUGAGGAGGAGAAGUCCAGAGGCAGGAACUGCGGUUUCGUGGCCUACAUGAGUCGAAGGGAUGCUGAGAGGGCUCUAAAAUGUCUCAACGGAUGCGAUGUCAUGGGGUAUGAGAUGAAAUUGGGCUGGGGCAAGUCGGUGCCCAUUCUCAAUCACCCCAUUUAUAUUCCACCAGCCCUUGUUGAGUACUCAAUGCCCCCACCGCCCUCGGGAUUGCCCUUCAAUGCUCAGAUGGCCGGUGGGGAGCCCGUGGCUGAGCGAAUACCCUCGGCUGAGUACAUGUCCAAUCCGGAAGCAAAGGCUGAAAUGGACAAAAUACUGCGAGAAUGUGUGGUUAAGGUGGUUAUUCCCACUGAUCGUACUCUCCUGGCGCUGAUACAUCGUAUGAUUGAGUUUGUGGUGCGCGAAGGACCUCUGUUUGAGGCGAUGAUCAUGAACAGGGAAAUCGAGAAUCCCAUGUUCCGUUUUCUCUUUGAAAAUGACAGUCCAGCACACAUUUACUAUCGCUGGAAGUUGUUUUCGCUUCUUCAAGGGGACACUCCGAGUGAGUGGCGCGAGAAGGAGUUCAGGAUGUUUAUGGGGGGAUCGGUAUGGAAGCCACCACCGUUGAAUUUCUACACUCAGGGCAUGCCAGAUGAACUUGUGCCCGAAGAUGCUAAUUCGGAGUCCAAUAAGGGGAAUCUGUCGACGGCACAGAGGGAUCGCCUGGAAGAUCUCAUUAGGCAUCUGACGCCGGAGAGGACUAAAAUUGGCGAUGCAAUGAUUUUCUGCAUUGAACAUGCAGAUGCAGCUGAUGAGAUCUGCGAAUGCAUUGCUGAGUCAAUGGGAAAUGUGGAGACGCUGGUACAUAAAAAGAUUGCACGACUCUAUCUCAUCUCGGACAUCCUUCACAAUUGUAGUGUCAAAGUACAAAAUGCCAGCUUCUUCCGGAAAGCAAUGGAAAAGAACCUCCUAGACAUCUUUAAGGAGCUCAAUGCAGCAUACAUGAAUGUUGAGAGUCGUUUGAAAGCUGAAGGUUUUAAGGUGCGCGUUCUUCAGGUUUGUCGGACAUGGGAAGAGUGGGUGGUCUAUCCGAGAGAUUUCCUGCUGAAACUCAGGAAUACUUUCUUGGGUCAACCGACUGGAGAUAGUCCUGGGGAGGCAGAUGGUGCUCCUCUGUCAGGAGAUGAGAAGGAUGAUGAGGAUUUGGAUGGUGUGCCUCUGGAUGGGGCUGCUCUGCUGAAAAGCGCCAUGCUCAGAGGUCUUCCAGACAUGGUGGCAUCAGAGAGUGGAGUAAGAUCCUCAGCAGCUCUGGAUCUCAAUAGUCAUGACAGUGAUGUGGAUGAUGAUAUAGAUGGAAUUCCGCUGGAUGAGGAUAUCGAUGGGAUUCCCAUGGGAAAUGCCUUUGGAAAGGCAGGAGCUGGUGGGGCUUUUGUGCCAUCCAAAUGGGAAACUGUGGAUCCAGAACAGAUUGAAGCACAAGCAAUUACCACCAGUAAAUGGGACAAACUCAAUCCGGUGACGCCGGAUCCACCCCGAAUUGGUGGAGAGUCUGAUGAUAGCAACGAUGAUGAGAUGAGUUUGGGAGCGUCGGAAACUACGAGAGAUUAUGAUGAAGAGAGAAGAACGAGAUUGAGGGAGAUUGAAUUGAAGAUUUUGCAGUAUCAAGAUGAAUUGGAGUCAGGAAAGAGGUCACUGAAGACAGGAUGGACUAUUUCACAGCAAUUAGAGCACUUCCGACGGAAACUCAUGAAAAAGUCCCUGCGUGAUCCUCGGGGUCAGGAUAAUUCUGAUUCGGCCUCGGAGAAAUAUUCCUCCAGUUCUAGAGAAAGACGGCCAGAAAGGCGAAGUUUAAGUCCGCCAGAAUCUACUAAAAGACCAUCAUCACAUCGAUCACGAUCACCGUACAAAAAGUCCUCAAGGGACUCAGUUUCACCGCCAAGUAGUAGGAAUUCAAAAUUAAAAAGGGGUAGAUCGCGCAGUGCAUCGGAUUCUCCAAAGAGAUACCGAGAUAGUAGGAGAUACGAUCCAAGUCCACCGAGGAAGUAUAGAUCGCCUUCGCCAAGGAGUUCACGAUCAAGUAGGGAUUUUGGGCGGGAAGUGUCUCCGGUGUCAUCUUCUUCCGGUCGCUAUAGCAGCAGUUCCACCAAGUCCCCACCGAGUCGACAUCGAUCGGAUAAACACAAGCACAGGCAUAAAUACUAAGGGAGUCCUGGCUGAUUCACUCAAUGUGUUUUCUUUCCGUUCUUUCGUGGACUCUACUCGUUGUCAAUUGUGUAUUGAGACAUUCUAUGGUGGGAAAAGUAAAGACAAAGGUUCACACAUUUUAGAGAUUUGGAUGAGAAGUUGUGAAAAAGAAAGAAACACAAUAAUAACAAGUAUGAAAAUAUAAA